GUCGCGGCGGGGCCAUGGCGGCGUCGGAGACGAAGAUCAUCUACCACCUGGACGACCAGGAGACGCCCUACCUGGUCAAGCUGCCGCUGCCGGCCGAGCGGGUCACGCUGGGCGACUUCAAGGCGCUGCUCAACCGGCCCAACUACAAGUUCUACUUCAAGUCCAUGGACGAUGAUUUCGGGGUGGUGAAAGAGGAAAUUUCAGACGACAACGCAAAGCUUCCCUGCUUCAACGGGCGAGUGGUGUCGUGGCUGGUGUCCGCUGAGGGAUCUCAUUCGGAUGCUGGGUCCGUUUGUGCCGAAAGUCAGCCGGAACUGCCACCCUCCAUCGAACGAACUGGAGGCAUCGGAGAUUCUAGGCCUCCUUCGUUUCACCCAAAUAGUGGGGGAAGCCGCGAGAACCUGGACAAUGAGACGGAGACAGACUCCGUGGUGUCAGUUCAGAGGGAACGGCCACGCAGGAAGGAAGGUCCGGAGCACGCCCCCAGGGUGAACGGGAUGACCAAGGGGGACCGGCGGCGGGAACUGGGGGGCUAUGAAAGCUCCUCCACCCUGAUGAGUAGUGAACUGGAGACCACCAGCUUCUUUGAUUCCGAUGAGGAUGAUUCCACCAGCAGGUUCAGCAGCUCUACAGAACAAAGCAGCGCCUCCCGUCUUAUGAGGAGACACAAACGCCGUCGGCGGAAACAGAAAGUAGCCCGAAUUGAGAGGUCUUCGUCUUUUAGCAGCAUCACCGAUUCCACCAUGUCGCUGAAUAUCAUCACCGUUACGCUCAACAUGGAAAAAUAUAACUUCCUGGGCAUCUCCAUUGUUGGGCAAAGCAACGAACGUGGUGAUGGAGGCAUCUAUAUUGGUUCCAUUAUGAAGGGAGGCGCUGUGGCCGCUGAUGGAAGAAUUGAACCCGGAGACAUGCUGCUGCAGGUGAACGAUACCAACUUUGAGAACAUGAGCAACGACGAUGCCGUACGAGUGCUGAGGGAAAUUGUGCACAAACCGGGGCCCAUCACGUUGACGGUCGCCAAGUGCUGGGAUCCGAGUCCCAGAGGCUGCUUCUCAUUACCCAGGAUUGCUCCCCAGCGAAUCUGGGCUGGGCCAGAGUCUCCAUGCUCCGAUCCGGGUGAGCCUAUCCGACCCAUCGACCCGGCGGCUUGGGUGUCCCACACCGCGGCGAUGACCGGCACUUUCCCUGCGUACGGUAUGAGCCCAUCCAUGAGCACAAUCACUUCCACCAGCUCUUCCAUCACCAGCUCCAUCCCAGAAACGGAACGUCUUGAUGACUUCCACCUCUCCAUCCAUAGCGACAUGGCCACCAUCGUCAAAGCCAUGGCCUCGCCAGAAUCAGGCUUGGAGGUGCGCGACCGCAUGUGGCUGAAGAUUACCAUUCCCAGUGCCUUCAUUGGUUCAGAUGUGGUCGACUGGCUGUACCAUCAUGUGGAGGGCUUCACCGACCGGCGAGAAUCCCGCAAGUACGCCAGCAACCUGCUGAAGGCUGGUUAUAUCCGACAUACGGUCAACAAAAUCACCUUCUCGGAGCAGUGCUACUACAUCUUUGGAGACCUCUGUGGAAACAUGGCCAACUUAUCCUUGCAUGACCAUGAUGGAUCUAGCGGGGCCUCCGACCAGGAUACGCUGGCUCCGUUACCUCACCCAGGAGCGGCCCCCUGGCCCCUAGCUUUUCCUUACCAGUAUCCACCUCCACACCCCUACAACCCCCACCCCGGCUUCCCUGAGCCGGGUUACAGCUACGGAGGGGGCAGCGCAGGAAGUCAGCACAGUGAAGGAAGCCGCAGCAGCGGUUCAAACCGCAGUGGCAGCGAGAGACGGAAGGACCGAGACCCCAAAGCCGGAGAGUCCAAGUCGGGCGGUAGCGGCAGCGAAUCUGACCACACCAGCCGUAGCAGCAUUCGCCGGGAGCGAGCGGCCAGCGAAUGCUCCGUGCCGAGCAGCCAACGUAGCCAUCACUCCAUGGCUCACAGCGUGCGCAGCCACCACAGCCAGCAGUCUUACGGCCCUCCCGGCCUCCCACCUCUCUACAGCCCUCCCAUGCUCCUGAUGCCGCCACCCCCUUCCGCCCUGGGACCGCCCGGGGCUCCCCCGGGCCGAGAUCUGGCCUCGGUGCCCCCUGAACUGACCGCCAGUAGACAGUCAUUCCGAAUGGCCAUGGGCAACCCUACCAAGAAUUAUGGGGUCUUUGACUUCCUUUGAGCUGGCCAGCCGUGGUUGGGGAGAGCCGCGGCGCGCGGUGGUGGUUUGGUUCCUCCUGCCUCCAGGAGAGGAAGAGACAGAGCCUUUUCAACCUGCUUUAGGGGCGCAAGAUGACUUCUUGGUUUUGGAAAGACGUCCUUCCUUCUCCGUCAGCCCGGGAGGGAAGCAGGGCUGAGCUCCCGACUGUGUCCUUCUUCGCCAGCAGCGUAGCCUUCACCCGUGAGACUCUUGAGAUGGACCUGCUAGAUGGUGGCGACUUCCCUUUCUUCGCUGAAUCCUCAAACUGGGAUGAAGGUUUUCCUAGGGAAAACGCUGGAGGUUAAACUCGGGUGCUUGAUGUCCGGAAGAAAUCCAGGACGAGAGGGCCAGGACACUGUCUCCACUCCAAGGCUAGGUUCCUCAAGAUCUCCAAAACUUUUCUUUUCAAAAAAAAAAAACAACAUUGAGUAAAUGCAAAGAAAACUCUUAUCAAAAAAACCAGGAUUGCUUGCUUGCUUGCUUGCUUUUUGGAACACCAGUGUUGACCACGAAUCACAUUUGGGUUGCACUGCUGUUGGACGUGUCCGUAGAUUUUUUCCCCCUGCUACCACUUUGUCACAAACCUACAGUUUUCCAUCAUCUCUCUGGGAAAUUUUGAGUUCUUUCCCAUCCCAUCUUGCCCUUAUUAUCAUUGGUUUUUUUCCCUUUCAUUGCUAUGUGGAUUGGCACUGCCUUCGUUCUUUGUGUGUGUGUGUGUGUGUGUGUGAAAACAAUCCCGAAACAAGGGGGAAAAAAAAACAAUUAAGGUCCUGGGAGAAAUGUGAAAAGCAUUUAUCCAGGGGUGAAAUUCAAAUUUUUUCCCUACCGGUUCUGUGGGCGUGGCUUGAUGGGUGUGGCUGGGGAAGGAUAUUGCAAAAUCUCCAUUCCCUCCCCACUCCAGGGGAAGGAUACUGCAAAAUCCCCAUUCCCUCCCCACUCCUGGGGGAAGGAUAUUGCACAAUCUCCAUUCCCAUCCCACUCUGGGGCCAGCCAGAGGUGGUAUUUGCCGGUUUUCCAAACUACUCAAAAUUUCCGCUACCGGUUCUCCAGAACCUGUUAGAACCUGCUGGAUUUCACCCCUGCAUUUAUCCCUGAAGGGAAGGACUGACUUCUAAGAGAUUGUGUUAGGGUUGACACUCUUUCGUUCUCUCCUUCCCUUCUGCAUGAUUUCUGGGAGUUAACAAACUUUUCUGCUUGUAUGUAGCCUGUUUUUGUUUUUUUUUUAAAUAAUACUGGUUGCAGAAUUCAACUUCCGGUUCCUGUUUUUAGCAAAUCAAAUUUUCUCUUUGUUUCGAAGUUGGACGAUCUGGACAGUUGGCUUUUGAAAUCUUUUGAAAGCCAGGAGAAAGACAGAGAGAAGAUGAUGCUUAUUCCUCUCGUGGCUCGGCACAUAUCGAGGGCAUCGUGAAAGCACAAACAGCUGACAUUUGCCAGCCUGGUAUUCCAUUUGCUCUCCGACCUCAUCCCGCCAUCGAAAUAUGGACAAAUUCUGAUCCUUAAGGGCUGGUUCCCCACAACACACUGAAGCACAAACUAAAGAUCUUACUGAAUCCAUGGACUCCUCCGAGUAUCUUCCUUAUCUUUCUGUGGGAUAUUGUCUUCUCACUUCCCUAGUCUGGCAUCAACAACCGAUUUCCUACUGACCUAUCCAAACACUAACCAGAUCCAGUACACGUUUGUUGUUUGGAGGUCAGCCAAGGUCAGCUAGGAGCUGCCACAUGCUGCGGAGUAUCCCGUCCUGCUUUACCUACACUUAAUACGUGGUAUGAACCCUUCUAAAGGGAACGCAGCUUUGUGGCGUUCCCCUUUUAAUUGUGGCGGCGUCAGCAGCUCUUCCUUACCUGCUUCCUGUGCAGGAUCAUGUCAGGGGUGCAUAGGCUCCCGAGUUCCUUUGCUUUUUAGCUUCAGUGUCCAUCCGUCGAGCGUCACUGUGAAGAGCGAAUCUGGAGAACCCAUGAGUGACACGGGGGGAACUUAACGAUGGCGGUUAAACCCAGCUGUUCAUUGGCAUUUGGGAUGCCCAGAAGGGAAAAGCGGGGAGUGGCAUUUGCUUUGCUAGUAAAGGACUCGUACGGUCAACCUCGAUCAGGAAAAAUGCUUAUAAUCAUGCCAAGUGACUUUCAGGGGUCUCAUCAGGUGCUUCAUCGUUUGGUUUUACCUUGAGGCAAAAGUUCUGUUCGGUUUGUUUGGGGCCAGUUUUGGUCUUCCUACUGAUUUGCCCUACCUAUGAAAUUUUUUUCCCUACCUUAGAUUUGGUGGGCAUGGCCAUCGGCCAUUCUGAAAGGUGGGAGGCGUUUUUGUCAGCUCUCGUCACUUCUACGAGAUGCUGCGAUUCCAAUAAGCCUAACGCCUUUUCUCUGACUGGUAGUCAAGAAUAAUAAGUAGAUGUUUUACGGUGAGACCUUUUUGGUCCUGCGUGCCUGGUGUUGGUAGAACCAGGCAAAAUUUGCAGGUCUGAGGCCACAUCCAGUCCAGCACCUUUCAGGUUACCCUUCACUUUCAUUCCUACUGGGUUUGAAUCGGGGAUGAAAUGCUAUUGGUUCGGACUGGUUCUCCCGAACCAGUAGUAAAAAUUGCUACCAGUUCGGGUGAACCGGUAUUUCCGACGAUCAGCUGUGGCGCACGAUUUAUAUUAGCUAGAAUCAUCGGAUUUCCUGCUUUCUAGCUAAUCUAAUUCGCGUGGCACAGCGGAUUUCCCUCCCCCGCUGUUCUACUUACCUUUGCAGCAGUGGUGAAAUCCAAACUUUUUUACUACCGGUUCUGUGGGCGUGGCUUGGUGGGCGUGACUUGGUGGGCAUGGCAGGGGAAGGAUACUGCAAAAUCUCCAUUCCCACCCCACUCUGGGGCCAGCCAGAGGUGAUAUUUGCCGGUUCUCCGAACUGCUCAAAAUUUUCCGCUACCAGUUCUCCAGAACCUGUCAGAACCUGCUGGAUUUCACCCCUGCUUUGCAGACUCUGAAGGCUUCAAAAUGUUCCUUUUUUAGUGCUGCGCGGACGUGCCUCAAGUGUACACGCAAAACAUGCGCUCGGUAGCAGACUCACAGAACCGGUAGCAGAUUUCAGAGGAUUUCACUGCUGGUUUGAAUAGCAUCCCCAUCUUUCAGUCUACGGUGAAGUGGCGAAGGAAAGGAGGGGGCUGGGAAGCAGUGCCGGCUGAGAACAAAACUAUUACAGGCGGUCCUUGACUUAACAACCCUUCAGUGACUUUUUGAAGUUGCAACGGCGCUGGGAAAAAAAUGACUUAUAAGUGGUCUUCCUUGUUAUGAUCGUUGCAACAUCCCCAUGGUCAUGGGUCAAAAUUCAGACUGAGAUGUAUAUAUGAUGGUUGCAGGUUCCGGGGGUCGUGUGAUUGCCGUUUGCAACCUUCCAGCCGACUUCACACAAGGAAAUCGGAUUCGCUUAACGGCCAUCGCCCCCCCCAAAAAGCCGUAACAUUGGGGGUGACUCACUUCGCUGCCUUGUUUAGCAACACAAAUUGGUUCCAACUGGGGUUGUAAAUUGAGGACCGUCUGAUUUUUGAAGUCGGGGGGUGGGGGGCAGAGUAGAGUUGGUGUAGGGAAAAAAAAAGUGACAUUUUGCCCUUCAUACUUGAUUUGCUUUUAGGAUCUCUGUCCGUCAUGCCUUCUCUUCAUGGGUUGAAGGAACCGCAAAUGUUUGGCCUUGAAGAAGGGGGUAGAGAAACCCCACCUAGUGACUGCUAUCUUGAAAGCUCUUUGCUUAGGUACAGAUCCCACACUAGGCCCUUUCACUGAACAAGGAUUGUGCCUUUCCAUUCGCGCACACACAUUCCCUGAUGCUAUGUAAAUUGUCUUCCGGGUCAACAGCCACAUGGGUUUCCUUAGACUCAAGGAUUAUCUUGUUUCUGUGUCGUUUUUUUUUUUAAAACGUUCUGCAAUUUCUUUGAUUCACAGUUAGUAUUUUUCAGGCCACCGCCCCUAAUUUUAUCUGCCGCCGUCUUUUUUUUUUAUGUCCUCUUUGCCAUAAAAACAACUUUGACUCUCCCCCCCCCGCCCCCCUCCCCCCCCCACUUCCCGGUACACCCUCCAUCUGUUGCUGGUCCCUUCCCUUCGGUUUUCUUCCUCCUGACGUUGGUGCUACCGUCUCAUCAUGCAUAUUGCCUUACCUCCUCUUCCUUGGUUUUAUAUCAAUCGAAAACUUCCUAUGUGUUUUUAUUUAUAAAAUAGUUUUAUUGGACUCCA